AUGGAGAAUUGCACCACCAAUAGCCCCACCAUUGAUAUUCUCAAAAAUCAGCCUCUUCACAUCCAGCAAAUAGUCUUGGAAGCAUCCACCUGCGUCAUCACAUUUUGCUUGAUGUUGUCUUUCCUCAUCGCUGCCUGUCAGAAUAGAUUAUGGAUGAAAAAUAGGCUCGCUACUCUCUUACUCGAGAACAUCACAAAUCCCCUCGCACAUCUCUUCGUCAACGUCGUCGUCCUCGUCCUCGUCUUGCCCUUCAAGAACUACCUCUACUUCCUCUGGGUGAUGCUCCUCAUAAUCGGCUCCGAGUCCACCAGUUGCAUCUCCGGCUAUAGCCUCUCUGACCCCCAAACCGCAAAGAAGAUGUACUUCUUGCUCUUCGUCGACAACCUCUGCGUCGGUCUCUUGAUGAUCUGGUGGUACCCCAAAGGGUCCAAGUUCCGCGUUCACCUCUGGGCUCUUUGGAUCUUAAUCACGUUAAAGACAGCAGAGCGGUGCUUGAGCUUCUUCUCCGCCAGGCGAGCCUAUGGGACGAACAAGAUCGACCUCGUCUCCGACUACAUGCAGUACGAGCAUACGCUGAGCUCGCCAGAGGAGGUGGAUCCAGCCACUCUGCAAGGGUACAAGUACCUCGUACACGGGGAAGAAGGGGUCAAGUUCAACAUUAGUGGCGAUUAUCAGGUACGCAUCGACUUAGAGAAUCAAAGACUCGUGACCAUCGACAAGAUCUGGCGAUGCAAGACCGGCUUGCUCAGCCCGGGAAUUGACAUCCUCAAGGACUUGUGUCUCUCCUUCGCCUUGUUCAAGCUGCUACGGCGAAGUUUUGCUCGUUGCCCCGCGGCCGAGUCUGAGCGACCCAAGACUCGUGACUUGGUGUUUGAAGGGAUCUUAGCAAAGGGCGACGGGAUCAGAGCCUUCGAGGUGGUGAAGGCUGAGCUAGGGUUCCUUAGAGACCUCCACCACACCAAGUACCCCAUCAUCUUCGGCUGCGGAUUCCCGACUGUUAACUUCAUCAUAUGCCUCGCCGUUCUUGCAGUCAUGGGGUGGCUCAGCAAGGUAGUUUACCACGACUACCACCGUCCCCCGGCAGGUGAGAAGGUGCAUUACGUGGGGAAUUACAACGUCGAUCUCGACAUCACCUACAUUGUCGUGGGCAUGAUCCUAGCCAUGGAGGUCACUGAAUUCCUCACUUAUUUAUUCUCCGACUGGGCUAAGGUGAUGCUGGUAUGCGGCCAUGUCCAAGGUUCUUCUUGGCUUCUCAAACAUUAUUCUCUAUCCAAAAUGCUCAGGUUCAUCUGCACGCCCACUUUUUCACAAGCUCUGUGCAGUCACAUUGGCCAGCAUUCACUCCUUGACAACUCCAAUUCCUCGGCAUGCAGCAGCAGCAUCCUGGGAAGGAGGCUGGGGCCAGGGAAGGAUCAGAAUACGCUUGUCAAAGUGCCACCUGAAGUGAAGAUGGCGAUUGCUACUUCCCUCCGUCAAAGUCAAGGGAACCUGUCUAAUGGUGGAUCAUCUCUGCAGAGGAAUGGGGUUACAGAAUAUUUGGGCUGGGCAUGCAACUAUCCUACUCUCGUCCACACCAUAAUGGUUUGGCAUAUCGCUACGCACUACUGUGAGAUGGAAUACGAUCUAUCACAGAAGAGUGUCAGUGCUCCAACAAAUGAGAUGGUGCAACGCAACAAACUGACUGCAAAUGCAUUGUCUCAGUAUUGUGCUUACUUGUUGGUUUUUGUCCCAGAUCUGUUGCCAAUUAGUGCUAGGCAUGAUACAAAGCUUGUGCUCGAUAAGAUGGUGCAUGAGACUAGGACGUUUAUGGAAGGAGCCAAAACAGAGAGGGACAAGUAUGUCAAAAUGAACCAGGUGGGUAAUAAUGAAGAAACUGUCAUUGCGUUUGGGUCGAGAUUGGGAAAGCAGCUUGGAUCGAUAAGCUUAUAUGAAAGAUGGAAGGUGCUAGCAGAUUUGUGGGCAGAAUUGUUGGUGUAUCUUGCUCCAACUGAUAACCCCGAUGCACACUUGAAGAAACUUGCUGAUGGAGGAGAGUUUAUCACGCAGGUUUGGAUUCUUCUCUACCAUGCAGGCAUUCUUAAGCAGCCAUUAGCUACUACCAAUAUUGAUGCGUGA